UAGCGCGGGACAUUGUUCUUUUGAGAAAGAGCGCAAUUUGAUUGUCUUUUUCUGGCUCCAUUCCUUGUUUUGUUGUCAAGAAAAUAAUGAGAUGCCCAUUUACUUGGAGGAGCUAUUAUCUUCCCUCCGUCACGGACCUGGUAAUGAUGCAGGACACCAAGGACGAGCACCUUACCUCGUUUGCGGAAAACCCAACGAAAAGUGUUGAGAGAGAUGCUCUUGUAGAGCCCCAGUUUACCCGCCCGGAACAGGUUGAGAAGACUCACGUGGAAGAAGCCAAAUGGCCAUGGGGAAAAGGAAAGAAAAAUGAAAAAAUGCCUCGUUUCCUUGUCACCAUUCUCCUCAUUUGUCUUCUUGUAGCUGCACUACUUAUUGCUCUCAUUGCUAUUGUCUGGGCUCUGAACAGCAACUCCGCUUCUGUCCGUGAACCUGAGAUUGUCUAUACUAUCCCUUCCAGGGAUAAUCAGAAAGACAAUGUUGUGCACGCACGGAGUAACAUUCCCAAAACACUCAAAAAAUCAUUAGACUUGUUGGAGGAAGAUACAACCACCAUAACAACUACAACUUCGCAAACACCGGAUGACUAUGACACCACUGAGCCUUUUGUUGAGGAGGAGGAAUACCAUCUUGAAGAAGCUACAGAACAUCACGAAAUUGCUACAAUCGAGGCCACAACUCCUGAACCCUCAGAAAUUGCAACUAAAAAGCCGAUUAUUUAUUAUUCUCCACCAACUACCCCGAAAACGACAACCUCGACUGGCUAUUUGCAGUUCUACGAUUCAAUCGAUGGAGAUGCAUCUGACAACUGCCUUGAGCGCCUUGCACUUGGAAGCCCUUCUGGAGUUUACUCAAUUCAAAGUGUUGAGAAAUUUCAAGCUUUCUGCGAUAUGGACACCACCACCGGAGGAUGGACUGUCAUUCAGAGACGCGUUGACGGCGAUGGCAGUUUCCACCGAGGAACUAUGAAAAAGUUCGUUGAAGGGUUCGGAAAUCUCCAAGGAAGUCAUUGGCUUGGUCUUGAAAAACUUCACAAUUUGGCCCCAAUCGGAGCGACUCCUGCUAUUCUUCGCAUUGAAAUUCAAGGUGAAACCUGUGAUUUGACUUGCUCUAAGAGAUUUGCGAAUACGUGGGUUGGAGAAUGGAAAGUCAACUUUGGAAAGAAACAAGACGGUUACAAAAUUCAAAUCACUGAAGAAGGAGUAGGUAAUCUUACUUACAAUGGGGUCGAUCCGUUCUUUGGUGCAAAUGGUAGAAGGUUCAGUACAAAUGACAAUGAUCAAGACGAGAAUACGUUUAUGAAUUGUGCUCAGUUCAGAAUGGUUGGACCAUGGUGGCACCCAAAAUCCUGCUCAGAUGUUGGGCUCAACGGAUAUUUCCAGACGACAUCUGAAAAGUACGACGUCAAAGAUAGAAACCAAAACGCGAAACGCUAUUUCGUAUGGGCCUUCGACAAGCAAAUUUACAAUGGGUAUCCGUACACAAUCCAUGUCAGAAAGUCUACCAUGCUCCUGAAAACUGGUGAUCCUCAACGCUAAAUUUUAUAUAUACUCUCUCAUACAAUUAAUUCAUCCAACUAAUAACAUGUCAAAUAACAUUGACAUUAAGAGCUACUUUACAAUCCCAAAUCUCAGGGAACUUUCCCACUUGCUUCAUAUUAGCACGCUUAGCUUCCCACACACUUUCUCUCUCCAAUUGACAGUUUGUAUUCUCCCCUCAUCACAGACCAAAACUUUGUUUCGAAACGAGUAACUCUGAAAUCUCUAUCGACAGUUUUAAUAUUUUCUCAAUUUUUCUUCAUUAUUUUUUCACUUCUUUUUAUGAUUUAGCAACUUUAUUUUGUAUCCGUUUUCUUUUGGUUUAUGAAUCUAAUUUUGAAGAUAUGUCAUUAAAUAUAAGUCAGCCGAUA